AUGACCGCAACUGGUUUCAAUUAUGCUUUUGAGGAUGCAGACUUCUUGUUGAGGUCUCUGAGUGGAAGCGCUGGCAACAUCGACUCAAUAUCCUCCUUCUCGGAAUCUCCGCUUUCGAAUCAAGACGUAUACUAUUCGGAAUCAUCAGGUGGAGAUAACUAUGAGUCGUUGUUUAACGAUGGUUCAGAGAAGUCCGCCAAUUCCCAGAACUUCGCUCCUUCAUUGUCACCUCAGGAGAAUCUAUUUGACCUACGGGAUAACCCAGCCUUGCGUGUUGAUGAUUACCCGCAAGACAACUUUAUAGGGGGACCUAACAAUGGCAGGAAUGAGCAGGCUAUUCUGGGGGUCGGAUUAUCGGAGAAUGUCAUCAAGCAGGAGAACAACUCUUUCUACUCCUUUGAUGACACUGACGACUUGACCAACGUGACAUCAAGCGCCACUGGCUCCAGACCUGAGCUCAAAAAAACAAGUGCUUCUUAUCCGGACUCCAAGAUUAGUAAGCCUAGAAAAGACAGGAUGUCCCAUAACUUGAUUGAGAAGAAGUAUAGAACCAACAUCAACGACAAAAUCAUCGCACUGCGAGACUCUGUUCCUUCUUUGCGUGCAGUCACUGACGAUUCCAAGCUAGACGAGUUGGAGGGCCUGACUCCUGCUUCGAAGCUCAACAAGGCCAGUAUUCUGACGAAAGCGACGGAAUACAUCAGGCACCUGGAGCAGAAGAAUGGGAUGCUGAUGAACGAGAUCGUUCACUUGAGAACGAUUCUCCAGCAGCAGCAACAUUCCCAGCAGUCACAGCCAGUAUUUGUUGCUCAAAAUUCUAUCACAAAUCCGCAGUACAACAACCUUCCAAGGACCCAGAACUUUUCUCCUCCACCAGGUCAUCAAGCAGUGCCCAUGUCGUUUGGAAAUAAGGUCCUAGUGGGUGGAAUGACAGCCCUAGUUGGAACGCAGCUGUUCAAUGGUGGUGAUGGACAGGAUGGGUUUGACUAUAAGGGGAUGAGUGCCUUACCUAUAGCCCAGUUCUUUCCACUAGUGAAGUCGCCAUUAUUUGGGCCUUUUGUCCACGUUGUAACAUGGUGUUUGUUCUUCGGUGGAGUGUACACCAUCAUGUGGCCGUUUUUCAGGUUUCUGUUGGCACCUAGAAAGAAAGGACUUAAAACUGUUGACAACUCCGGAACGACGAUAUUUUCCUCUGUCUUGUUAGAGUUAUCCAAGUACUAUGCAGUCAGGAUGGGAUUUGUCAAUCUGACUAUUCAGUCCAAGAUCAAGAAGCUGGAUGAGCUCAAUGGCGAUAUCAGCUCCUGGUUUUCCUCCACGAUCAUGAAUGCGUCGCAGAACGACGGAAAUUUUCUCGUGAACUGGAGAGUUCUAGUCUCACUCUAUUUGAGAACUUUGAGCUUAGACUCCGCCUUUCUUUCCAAGUACAAAUCGCCAGAUUCUAUCAUCUUCCAGUGCUCCAGAUUGAUUCUGCAGAGACUUAUCUUCACAAAACUCGGGCGACUCUCCAGAGUCUUUGGAGAUACAAAGAGCAUUGACUCCUCUGUUUUGAACCUUCUGAAGGAUGUGAAGAACUACAAGUCCAGCACAGACCCUGAGAAGGACCGGAUCGUGAAAAGUGUGGCUACACUCCUUGACUUGGAUGUGGGCGCUUUGGAAGAUAAUGCUCUCUUUAAGGACAUCUUGUUGGUGCUGAAUUUGGAGAAGUUCAAUCCGCAAAAUUCUGCAAUAUCGCAGAGGUUUAUCUCAAGCUUCAGGGACUCUGAAUUGAAUCUAGUGAAUUUUGCCAUAUUCAUCAAGACUGAAAUUGUCCUCAAACAAGUUGCCACAGAUUACCUCGGUGCUUUGGCGAAAAAGACUGAGGCUAAUGAGGAAGUGAGCAACAACCUUGAAGCUAUCAUCAGCAAGGUCGACUCCAUAAUUCCUGCAUCGUGCUUGGAUCUGAUCCAAACAAGCAAGACCCUUCACUAUCUGCUGGAUAUUUCGGAAACCAGUCAUCUGAAUUCCAUUUUCCAGCUUGUAACUGAUGAGGUCUCUCGUAAACUGGACUAUUACGGGUAUGAUCAGAGCAUGUCUAGCGUCGGAAAUGCCUUUGAGAGUACGAAUGGGGAGGCAAUUAACGAGGGGGAAGAGGUCGAAGAUGAGGAGGAUGAGGAAGACGAGGAGGAUGGGGAAGGUGAAGAGGGACAGAAUGUCGAGGUAAUGGCUGAAAAGGAUACCACAGAAGUCGCUGCUACUGGUGAGGAUCGUACACCCAAGACUGUAUCGCUGGACAGCAUCAAGGAUGCUACAGUUUUGCGGAUAUCGAAGAGUGUUGAGCCCACGCGCGUGUUUCGUUCCGAUUUGGCCUCCAAGAGCAAUCUCAUUCUGCUCACCUGUUGCCUGUGUUUGCAUUAUCGCGUCGAGAAUGAAUGGAAACAGGUUGACAUUCUAUUGAAUCACUUGAAGGCUCAAUGUUCCAGCGUAGCUGUUGGUGAGUUGAACAUUUUUGCGUUUGUGGCUCUGUUCAAGUUGUUUGCUGAACUGACUAGCGCUGAGUCUGAGAUCAGCGAAACUUCCAAACGCUCGCUGGAGACAGUGAGCUCCAAACUGAGGCUUUUAAUUGGUAACAGUUCUUCUUCAGAUAACGACGAGUGCUCCACCUUGGCGAACAACUUCAUCCCUCACCUUGAUUACCAGCUAAGAGGUGAUGUAUCUGAGAACCUUGUGGCUUUUGGAAAAACCUUGUUGGGGUACAGUUGA